ACUUUUCCUCUGGACAGGUUUUGAUAAAUCUCUCCCUUAGUCCCCAGUAUGAUAAAUAUACUGGUGAAGUCAAUGGCCCUCAUUUACUUAGAAAAUCGGGUUCCUCCCAGAAUCUGUAGACAGAUUACCCUCUGAUCCGACAAGAUGAUACAACCAAAACUAUCCGCACUGCUGGUGCUUAUGACCUGCAACGCAAUUACAUUCUCCUAUCCAACUGGGGCACCAACAUCUGCUUGUGAAACAAUGAUGCCUCGCCAUGGUAGUAUUGUUCCACAGCCAAAUCCUUCACCUUACAUCAUGAAGAUCAACUCUAGUUCCUACCAAAGUGGCAGAUCCAUACAAGUUCAAAUAAUGGGCCCUCCAUAUAAAGGACUCUUGCUGCAAGCCCGAACACAAUCAAACACUGUCCUGUAUGGGACAUGGCUUCAACCUCCUCAAAACACCAAGAUAUUGGCGUGUCCUGGAAAUACUUUAGGUGCUAUUACACAUUCUAACGCCAACUUGAAGGACCAGUCCACUACAUAUAUCUGGAUGCCGCCUAAAUCAGAUUGUCCAAAUGUCCUGUACUUCGUAGCUACAGUUGUGGAGGCGUUUGAUGUCUACUGGCUUGGAGUUAGGUCUGCUCUUAUCACCAAAGCUCCAGGAGAAACGUGCAGCAGUCAAAUUGGCCUUGCCAGUGAUGGAAUGGCCUUGCAACCUGUCAUUUACUUUAUCUUGUGUCUUCAACUUGUAUUUUUCGUGGUAUAAUGUCAAAUUUUGCUAUGAACAAUGACUAUAUCAUUGAAUGAAGAAAUACAGUUGGUUACUUCACAAUCACACAAAUAAAGAAAAAGUUAAAGAAGGAGAUUUAUCAAGCUCCGUAGAUUUUUUUUGCGUAAAAAAAUCGCUCGUACAUUUCUGAAAUCACGUUUUUUUUUUUACUUUGCAGUGGUCAUGUAUUUAUCAAAUGUGAUAGUCGCUAUCUAUGAAUAAAAAAAAUUGCAUCUCCAUUUAAAAGUCGCAUAUGUAUUCCAGGUCCAACCUGGCUUACAGAAAGUGCAUACAUCCGCAGAAAAGGAAAUUAACACCCACUUUAACAACUGUUCGUGUU